AUGAAUCUUCAAAGUUCUCAGUCUGCUCCCGCGAUUAUUACUGCCGCCGCUGCUAAUACUAUCACUACUGCCGCCGCCGCCGUCGUCUCUGCUGCCGCCGCCCCUGCCGCUGCCGCCGCCGCUGUUAAUGCUGCUGUUGUUUCUGCCGCGGCCUCUCCUCCUCCUUCUCCCGCGCCCGUCGUCUUGCCGGCUGGGGCCCCCGGGGCGGCCUGGCCCCCGCGGUUCCGUCCCCCCGCGCCCCCCUUACGGUCCGCCAUCGCGGUGAUGAGUUGUAAGGAAUGAUAUCCGCGGGAUAUGCAUACUUACAAGGGUGGAGCCCGCCUCCUCCCGGGUGUACCUGAGUAUAUAUAUGGGAUUCUAGGGGUCCGCAGGUAACUGCGGGUAAUGUUAGCCUUU